AUGGACAUAUGGCUCGAGCAGUCGGACAACCUCGAGAGGUGGGAAACCGCGUCGCUGACAGCUUCUGAUCGGCGCGUCCUGAUCACUCAGUGGAUGGGAGCGGCCAUGGCAAGACUCAACAGCCAACAGGCGUACCGAUACCGUCUUUUCGAAAAGUGCGGGAUGGCCAUGACCGUGGCCGGCUCGGGCGAUGAUCGAAUCACCUUGGAGGGUUUGGAAAAGCCGUAUACCUUCGCUAACGAUGAAGGCAGUAGCGACAACGAACAAGGUUCGGAGAACGGCAACGAUGAGCCUGAGGGGCGGGCGGAGGAGGGUGAUGGAGGACGUGAGACGCUCAUGGAGGGCGUUGACUCCAGCGAUGACGAUGACGGCGGCAAGCUCAACAAGGCAGUUUGGUAGCCAUCUUGUGUAUCUAUCUCCAUGUUAUGUUGGGAAGUUGUAGACGGAAGAUUUAGGGGAACUCGGUUUGUCGGGUAAUCUGAUAUGGCGCCCUUAUGUGGUUGCGGAGCAAGCGCGUCUCGGGGUGUGUAUAUUUUCGUCAUCAACUUAUUUUUUGUGUGUGAUAUAUGGGAGCAUGUGCGGGACGGUGUUGUGUAAUUGCAUCAUUAAAUGUGCGAAGGGCACGGCAGAACAUUAUCGCAUCAUUUCCUUCUGACGUGGCCGCCGAUAGACUCGAGAGGCGUGUGGUUGAGGUUUCAUCACCGACAUGUGGGUAGACGUGGAAGGGCAGCGACGGGUGAACGGCAGCAGCAGUGUGUUGUGCAUNAAGAACAAGAACGCCCCGUUCUGGAGAAGAAUGGACGGCGAAAUAAGAACUUGGCAAAUAAGAACUGGUGCUCGGGUCGGGGCAGCCAAUAAGAACUGAGCCUCGCCCAAUAUAGGCGGGCCGGCACUGUAUUAUCGCUGUUUAAUCUGAGGUCCCACGGCAUCCACUGCUUGCUGCUGCUGCAUUGCUGUGAACGAACGACCCAUUGCGUACAUAACAACGUGCCAUAAAUCUCCGGUGUUGAUGUGUCUAGUCUAUACAUGCAUUCCAGACGAAAGCGGCACCAUGAUGCUUCUGUGCCUGAUGCUUCCGUGGACAUAUCUGAGCUGCGUCAUGUAUUAUUUGUGCGCAGCUCAAGUGAUCACGUGAGGUAUUGAGAGGUAUUCAUCCACCGCCGCCCGCCUGGCCCUCUCUCUCCUCCCUCUCCGAUAGAUACGAAACGAAAACCGAGAGAGUUCCGCCGUCGGCAGUGAACUAACGGUUGCAGGAGGAGUCUUGCAGGCGAGAGAUCCACUUCAAACGAGAGUUCCGCCGCGUUAGCCGCGUUAGGUCCGCCUCCGCCCACCGUCGGAAGCGUCGGAACUCGAGUGCGGGGUGUUGGUGACGUGUGUUCGUGAGCGUGGUCUGCUGGUGGUCUGUUGGUCGAACAGCCCAUCCAUUUUCGGGUAGGCGGGAGUAAGAUCGGGUACCCCUCCGGGAGGGCCGGGCCGGGUAGGGGCGGGCGUCGGCCAAUCAGAUGGUGCCAGGAGGGCGCUGCCGACUGUGUGAAACGAGAUACCCGAUAAUGGCCGGAUUGGGGCCGGGUGUACCCGAUGUUGGCCACUCGUCGUAUUUUUUAAUUGCCCUCGUAUUUUUUAAUUGCUCCGCGCAACCGGAGCUCUCGUUUGAGCACCACAGCGUCGCACGCCAAGCAUUCCACCCCGAGAUACAGCUGAGGGAGCCACCACAGCUCCCUCUGCUAGCCUCCUUCGUCAUUUCCUUGGGAUUCUUGAUAAGCAUGACCCGGCGCAAGGUGGACGAGGAGCAGGUUCGGAAGGCCUGUGCCGCGAUAGAUGAUGGCAUGUCGGUUAGGAAGGCUGCUGAGUGAGGUCUUGGAAUAGGUCGUACGUCCAUUGAAGACCGCCGCCGCGGCAAGGUGGCCAUGAACGCGAAGGUUGGUCCCGAGACCAUCCUGAGCCAAGAAGAGGAGGAUUCGCUGGAAGAUAUUCUGCUGUUUGCUGCUCGCAACUUCGUGGCUGUGGAUCGGGUUCACCUCAGAGACGCGGUGCGACGACUCUGCAACGACGGUCGGCCGAUCCCUUGGGAUCCAGAGAAGGGAAAGAUUGGCUUGCGGGCUUCCUUCGUAGGCACCCACGGGUGGCGGAGCGCUCGACCCGCAUCUACGAGGCAAACAGGAUCACCGAAGACGAGGAGCCUCGCAUGGUGCACUUCUACGAGAGAUGGGCAGCUCUCCUCGACAAGGUCAAACCGGAGGCCAACCACGUGCCCAACACGGACGAGACAGGUGAAGAUUCGCUCGUAGUUGUUGUUGUUGUUGUUGUUGUUGUUGUUGUUGUUGUUGUUGUUGUUAUUUUUCUUCACAUUAAACUCGUGUCAAUUGCUAAUCCCAAAAUGUAGCGAAGACUCGGUCCGUGGUCACAAAAAUGCUAGAGCCAUCAGAAGAUCUAAAGAACACACUCACUAUUAGCAAGAAAAGGGUUCGCAAGCCCGAGGAGGUACGCCUGCAAUCCCUGCAGCACGUUUGCAUGCUCUCAACUGAACUACACGCCCAC